AAUCUUCCCAUAACUCGGAACCAAAACCUUCGAAACCCGCAUAACAUAAAAAAAAAUGAACUGAAAUGAGUCACGAGUGCAUGCUACAACGAAAUGCAGGUCGCAGGUGCCGAGACGGACGAGUGGGAGGUGUGGUCACUCUCGCACACUUGGUUCCACACGUAACGAGGCGAAAGUUGGUAAACAGUCAAGAACACGGGUACGUUUGGACAGGAGAAACAAUAAAAACAAAUUAUCUGUUUUGUUUCGUGGGAAGAUUGGAGUUGUUACGUUUGAUCUGAGUGACUUUAAAUCUUGAAAAUGGGGUUCGGGAGGAACAUGGAUGGUUGUGGGAACUUCAUGAAAUACAGUUUGUUUAUUGUCAAUCUCAUCAUCUUCUUGGGUGGAUUAAUAGUUUUGGCCUUGGGAAUUUGGACGGCAGUCGACAAAUCAUUCGCUAAUGAACUUCUGGGCACCAAUUUAUAUUCAGGUGCCACAUACGUAUUAAUUGCAACCGGAGUUCUGGUAACCCUUAUCUCAUGUCUGGGUUGCUACGGUUCCGUCAAAGAGAUACGAUGUAUGCUGGUCAUAUAUUUCAUCGUCCUGUUUAUAAUAUUCGUCACAAUGUUAGUCGGUGGCAUAUUGGGAUACGUAUUCAGAGGUAAGGUGGAGAUCACCUUGAGGAACGGCAUGACUGGAUCGUUGAGAUCGUACGGUAACUACAAACCAGUUACCGAAGCUUGGGACGAAACUCAAACCAGAUUGGAAUGUUGCGGCAUUGAUGGUCCAUCUGACUGGAAGGGUAACUUACCUGAAUCUUGCUGUAAAUGGGUUUUGGGACGAAGGCAAAACUGCAGAGUUCUAGGCGAGAACAACAACCAUUUCACCAGUUUCCAAAGAGGAUGCUACACAGUUACUACAGAGUACGUUAAAGCUAACGCCAUUAUUAUUGGAACUGCUGGUGUAGUUGUAUCAUGCUUAAUGAUUUUGGGAAUGGUUUUCUCCUGUGCGCUGUUCAAGUUGAUCAAGUAGACAAACAGCGGAAAUAAGCAACUCUUGAAUCUCAUAUCCAGGUAUUUAAUGAGUACAAAGUACAAAACUUUUUAAGGCACUUGUAUCGUAAAAACCUCUAUGUAAAUUAUUUUAUUUUUAAAUAUCUAUUUGUAUGUUUUUUAUAAAAGAAAUAUUUGUUAGGAGUAAUAUGUAGGAAAUAAAUAAAAAUUCAUUGGA